AUGGGGCUGCUGGAGCUGUGCGAGGAAGUGUUCGGUACUGCCGACCUUUAUCGAGUGCUGGGCGUGCGGCGCGAGGCCUCGGACAGCGAGGUCCGGCGCGGCUACCACAAGGUGUCUCUGCAGGUGCACCCGGACCGGGUCGGCGAGGACGACAAAGAAGACGCCACCCGCCGUUUCCAGAUCCUCGGGAAAGUCUAUUCUGUUCUGAGCGACAAAGAGCAGAGAGCACUGUACAACGAGCAGGGAACAGUGGACGAAGAUUCUGAUGUGCUCAACCAAGAUCGGGACUGGGAGACGUAUUGGAGAUUACUUUUUAAAAAGAUAUCUCUAGAAGACAUUCAAGCUUUUGAAAAGACAUACAAAGGUUCUGAAGAAGAGCUGGCAGAUAUUAAACAGGCCUAUUUGGAUUUCAAGGGUGACAUGGAUCAGAUCAUGGAGUCUGUGCUGUGUGUGCAGUACACAGAGGAACCCAGGAUAAGGAACAUUAUUCAGCAAGCCAUUGAUGCUGGAGAGAUCCCAUCCUAUAAUGCCUUUGUCAAAGAAUCCAAGCAAAAGAUGAAUGCAAGAAAAAGGAGGGCUCAGGAAGAGGCUAAAGAAGCAGAAAUGAGCAGGAAGGAGUUGGGCCUUGAUGAAGGAGUAGAUAAUUUGAAAGCAGUCAUUCAGAGCAGACAAAAGGAUCGGCAAAAGGAAAUGGACAAUUUUCUGGCUCAGAUGGAAGCAAAGUACUGCAAACCUUCUAAACGAGGAGGGAAAAAAACGCCUCUCAAGAAAGAAAAGAAAUAA